CCUCUCUUUCCUUUCUGUCAGAGUUUACUGAGCGUCGGGGCUUUAACUCUGAGGCACGGCAGAACCAUCCACCACAGUCCUGCAUGCAGGAGUCCCCUCAUACCUAUAGUGGUGGAGCAGACGGGGAGAGGAGAACGGGCGUACGACAUCUACUCUCGCCUCCUGAGGGAGAGAAUCAUUUGUGUUAUGGGUCCGAUUGACGACAACGUAGCCAGUCUGGUUAUCGCCCAGCUGCUCUUCCUGCAGUCAGAAAGCAACAACAAGCCCAUACACAUGUACAUCAACAGUCCUGGCGGCGUUGUGACCUCAGGGCUGGCCAUUUAUGACACUAUGCAGUACAUCCUGAACCCCAUCUCCACCUGGUGUGUGGGCCAGGCAGCCAGCAUGGGCAGCCUGCUCCUGGCAGCGGGUACGAGUGGCAUGAGGCAUUCGCUGCCCAACGCCCGCAUCAUGGUGCACCAGCCUUCAGGCGGGGCCAGGGGCCAGGCCACAGACAUCGCCAUCCAGGCCGAGGAGAUCCUCAAGCUGAAGAGACAGAUCAACAACAUCUACGCUAAGCACACGGGGCAGCCGCUGGAAACCAUCGAGAGCGUGAUGGAGAGAGAUCGCUACAUGAGCCCAAUGGAGGCUCAGGACUUUGGCCUCAUCGAUCGGGUCCUGGUCCAUCCGCCCCAGGCAGGCCAGGAUGAGCCAGAGCUGGUGCAGAAAGAACCACCAGCAGCAGCAGGCAGUCCGUCUCCACAGCCAGAGUCUGCAGCCCCAGAUCAGACCUCCAUCACCACCAACCCCCCCUCCUCAUGUAAACCAGAACCUUGAACUCUGCAGCAGUCUGAUCUUUGAUCCGACGGGCUCUGACAGCAGAACCAGGCUGCUGUUUGGUUCUUUAGCAGUUAUCUCCUCCAUCGCCUCUCUGGUGAUCGGUUCACUUUUAAACAAGCAGACUUUCCUCCCUAUAGUGAAUGAAAUGAUCCUGCAGGCCUCAGCAGGCAGCGUUCAGAGAGAAGCUCACUGAUCAGAAGGUUUCUGGCUGUGAAAGACCAGGAGCUCACCGAAAAAUAUACAGGAGCCUGUUUCUCUUUUCUUCAGGUUUCUAAUAAAGACGAUUAGUUUGACCUCAGAGUGUCUGU